UCACUUAGCUAGCUGUAACAGAACGGGCGCUUUCUAAAUUCUGGAGCUGGGAUACUCUUUUCACGCCACUUCGAUACAGCUACGGCCGUAAAGGAUUUUCAUAGCAGGUUAGGAGAGCAUUUUCGUUAACCCUUUUCCAAACCUUAACCUAUUUCUCGUAACUUUCUACGUUAAUGAUCCUAACCUGUUACGAAAGUCACUUCCGAUCGUAACUGUAUUGAAGUGGCGUGAAGUUUAUAUGUUGGAGUUCAUAGCCAGUCACUAGCCAGCUGUUGGCUUGUGUAAUUUGGAUAUGUAUUGCUAAAAGUUACCAUUUUCGUUGCAACACAGUUUGAUGGCAUCGAAAAUUCCUAGAUGCGGACAGAGUAAGUGUGUGCGACCUGCUGGCAGUGCUGCAGAAAUGAAGAGGGCGGCCAAUAAAUACGUUUUCAAAGAGACUGCUGUACCGUCAGACUUCAAUUUCUUUCCAAAAACUGCUAUUUUCAAGCCUCUCAAUGAGAAUGUACCAAGAAAGAAUGUUGUAGCCAAAGUGCAUAAAGGACCUUCCACCAGAUAUGGGCAGCAGUCAGAACUCAAGAGCCAUAAUCAACUUUUACUGGAAGCCAAUGAAGAACUGCAGAAAAAACUUACAGAAACACAGCAAAAAGUUGCCCAGCUGGAACAACGAUGCAGUGACCUCCAAGGAACCAAUGCAGACGUCCAGAAACAACUGAAGGACUGCCAUGUGCUACUAGUUGCUGGAAAUAUUGAUCCAGUUUUGGGAGAGAAAAUUGGAAAAACUGCACAGCAAAAUGAGGAUCAACAAAGAGAGGUGGUGAACGUAUCCCAAGAUCUGUUACGUGAACUGCAGACAUUUGGUGACAUGGCAACAGAACAAAGUGCACAACUAACAGAAGUUCAAAAGACCAUGAAGGCUCUCACCGAUUCUCGGGAGCAUCUGGUGCAGGAGAGGGAGAAUUUCUACUUGGAAGUUGAAGAAAUGGAUAAGGCUUUUGAGGAAGCAGAGCAGCUCUUGUUGGACUAGAUCUUGUGUGUGUCUUUGAUUUUAGUGUAAAUGGAAAUAUAAAUAUUUUGUAUUUUUCAACUAACUUUGAUAAGUCAUUUUGAUCAUUACUACUUGCAAAAGUUGUUUUCACUUAGUCAUAUUUGAUUUAUCUAGAAGACUGCACAAUUUUAAGUGAUUGAACUGUCAGUGUUUUGCUUGACAAAAUUUCAUUGAUUUCUUUCUUGUAUAUUAAACUUCUCAAUUUAUCCCAUGGUAA